CACAGCAGUAACUGAUGCAUACUCUCCUUUCAUUCAUCUACUCCGUUCCGUUCAUCUCCUCCACCCUUCCGUUCAACUUUUUUCUCUCACUUCACCAAACCCAGAUUUUCUCUUUUCGGUUGCAGCUCAUCGAAUUGUACGGUGGAAAAAGAGAGAGAGGGAAAGAGUAUUUUAACGGAAUUGAUCCGUUGAUAUGGCCUUCACGAUAAUGAAUCCAGUGACGAACACGAAUUCUGAUCGAAGAAAGAUGAAAAAGAAGAAAUCAAUUAUUAAAGAGAAUCAGAUCAACCCGAGCCACGCCAUAUGGAAAUCAGAUAAGCAGCUGCAAAUCUAUUCCUCGAAGCUCGUUCAAGCUCUGAGUCAGCUAAGUCUCGACAGUCCUCCUCCUUCUUCGGCUCCACGUGGUGGCCGAGCUGUCCGUGAAGCUGCCGAUAAAGCUUUGGCCGUGGCGGCUAAAGGAAGAACCAGGUGGAGCCGGGCCAUUUUGACGAGCCAACGUAAGCUGAAAUUUAGAAAGCGGAAGAGACAGAGAGGACCCGCCGCCGCUGUGGCAGCCAUCACCGGGAGUAGCCGGUCGAAGAAACCGAGAUUUAGCGUUUUGAAACUGAAAGCGAGAAGUUUACCGACAGUUCAAAGGAAAGUUAAGGUUCUUGGCCGGUUGGUUCCCGGUUGCCGAAAGGAACCGUUACCUAUUAUUCUUGAAGAAGCUACUGAUUACAUAGCGGCGCUUGAGAUGCAAGUUCGAGCGAUGAGCGCUCUCGCCGAGCUACUAUCUGGCUCCUCCGCCGCCAGCUUUAGCUCAUCUCCUCCCCCGCCGCCGCCAAGCCAGUGACACUUUUAUUUUACGUAAAUGCCAAGUGUCACAUCUUCUUCCUUAUUUAUACAUAUAUAUAUAAUUUUUAUUAUUUCUCUUCUCUCUAAGUAAUCAUCGCCCUCUUUAAAUUCAUGUCUUCUUUGUUUUUCUUCUUCAAGUAAAUAUUAUCCCCAUUUUUAUUGUCA